AUGCCCUGGACCCUCAGGCCCAAGUGGCUAGUAAGUAAGGGACUGGCCCUUCUUGGAGCAGUGUUGCUGCGGAAGAGAGAAAAGAGAGGACCACAAUGGAGGCAGAGUCGGCAGGAAACUCACCCAUAUUACGACCUCCAGGUGAAGGUGCUGAGGGCUAGGAACAUCCAGCAAACGGAUCUGUUGUCCAAAGCUGACUGCUAUGUCCAACUGUGGCUGCCCACAGCUUCUCCUAGCCCCAGCCAGACAAAGACAGUGACUAACUGUAGUGACCCAGAGUGGAACGAAACCUUCCACUAUCGGAUCCACGGUGCUGUGAAGAAUGUCCUGGAGCUUACCCUGUGUGACAAGGAUGUCCUGGAUAGUGAUCAGCUCUCCUUGCUUCUGUUUGACCUGAGUAGUCUCCAGCCAGGCCAGCCUCACACACACAACUUCCCUCUGAACCAGCAGGAUUCACAAGAGCUACAAGUAGAAUUUACUCUGGAAAAGAGUCAGAUGCCUGCAUCUGAAGUCAUCACCAAUGGGGUCCUGGUGGCUCAUCCCUGUCUGAGGAUUCAGGGUACGCUCAGGGGAGAUAAGACAGCCUCACUCAGAGAGUACGGCUCGAGGCAGAUCCAGCUGGCAGUGCCUGGGGCCUAUGAGAAGCCACAGCUAGUGCCUCUGCAGCAGACCACGGAGCCAGGUCUAGCGCCUACCUUCACCUUCCACGUAAACCCAGUGCUGAGCCCCAAACUGCACAUAGAGCUGGAAGAAAGGCUCCUGGUUCUUCAGGGUGGCCCAAAUGAUGAGCUAGAGGUUCAGACCAGCAAGCUGGGUGAGGCAGGCAUCUUGCUCCCCUCUCUGCCCCUCGGCCAGGAGGAGCAGCACUUAGUCGUCCUGGAGGAGGGCCAGGAGGUGACUCUGACUGUGAAGGCAGAAGUGAGCUCAGAGGACUUAGACCUGCGCCUUGGCUUUGAGCUUUGCGAUGGGGAGUUGGAAUUUCUGGACCGGAGGAAGCAGGUGGCAUCCAAGGCCCUGCAGCGAGUGAUGGGAUUGAGUGAGGCUCCACACUGUGAUCAGGUACCUGUCAUCGCUGUGUUAGGCUCUGGGGGUGGAACCAGAGCCAUGACUGCCCUGUAUGGCAGCCUAUCGGGGCUGCAGGAGCUUGGCCUUCUGGAUGCUGUGACCUACCUGAGCGGGGUUUCUGGGUCUACCUGGUGCAUCUCUACACUCUACAAGGAUCCAUCCUGGUCCCAGGAGCCUUUACAGGGCCCCAUUGAACGUGCCUCGGCUCGAGUCUGCAGCAGUAAGAUAGGGUUGCUGUCCACGGAGCAGCUGCAAUACUACUCCCGGGAAAAGGAGGUCUGGGAGAGCAGAGGCCACAACAUGCACCUCACUGACUUCUGGGGUCUCGUCAUUGAGUAUUUCCUAAACCAGGGGGAAAACCCUGCCAAGCUGUCAGACCAGCAAGAAAUAGUCAGCCAGGGUCAGAACCCUUACCCCAUCUAUGCCAGCAUCAAUGUCCACACAAACAUCAGUGGGGAAGACUUUGCAGAGUGGUGCGAGUUCACCCCCUAUGAGAUCGGCUUCCACAAGUAUGGAGCUUAUGUUCCCACUGAACUCUUUGGCUCCGAGUUUUUCAUGGGUCGGCUGCUGCGGCUCUGGCCUGAGCCCCGCCUCUGUUACCUGCAGGGCAUGUGGGGCAGUGCUUUCGCAGCCAGCCUGAAUGAGAUCUCUCUGAAGAUGGGAGGCUCCAGCCUGGGCUUCCUGGACUGGUACAGAGAGAGAGUAAAUGUCACAGAUGACUGCCCAAAGUUCCGGUCGCAGGACUCCACACGGCUGCGUACCAGGCGCUUCACCCCACAGAGUCCCUUCUCUCAGGCUGUGUUGGACAUAUUUACCUCCCGCAUUACCUAUGCCCAGAACUUUAACUUUACCCGCGGUCUCUGCCUGCACAAGGACUACGUGGCUAGCAAGGAGUUUAUGGCCUGGAAAGGUGUGUACAGACACCCUGAUGCCUGCCCCAACCAGCUCACACCCAUGAGGGACUGCCUGUGUCUAGUAGACGCAGGUUUUGCCAUUAAUUCACCAUUCCCACUGAUCCUGCAGCCCCGACGGGCUGUGGACCUCAUUGUGUCUUUUGACUACUCCUUGGAAGCCCCCUUUCAGGCCUUGCAGAUGACAGAGAAAUACUGCCUGGACCGAGGAAUCCCCUUCCCCAGGAUUGAGGUGGACCCCAAGGACCUUGAGGACCCCUGUGAGUGCUAUCUGUUCACCAAGGCCGAUGACCCCUGCUCGCCCAUUGUGCUGCAUUUCCCCCUUGUCAACAGGACCUUUCGCACACAUCUGGCCCCAGGUGUGAAACGACAAACAACCGAGGAAAAGGCCUUUGGGGACUUUAUCAUCAAUGGGCCAGAUACCCCCUAUGGAAUGAUGGACUUCACCUAUGAGCGCAAGGAGUUUGAUCGGUUGGUGAACCUGAGCCGAUACAAUGUCCUGAACAACAUGGAGACUAUAAGGCAUGCCCUCCAGCUGGCUCUCGAUAGGCGGCAGGCUGGGGAAAGGGCUGGGAGCUGACCAGGUGCGAGUCAGAGGACUAUGGUGGA